GGCCGUUUGUUUGAUUUUGGACGAACUCUUUCUCUGUUGGAUACACAGGGCUAGUGCUUGCGUUCUGCGAAUUCUCAGUGAUUUUUUCUCGAGAAAAUUUCUGUAUUUUCUUUUUCGAGGGUUUCGGUCUGCUUUUCUUUGAUAAUUUAUCCGAAGGCCGAAGUCUGCAUUCGGAACUUUUUUCCUUUGCAUGCUUUAGAAGGGAGAGUUUGCGACAUUUUCCCCUCUUCUUUGGGGUCGUUGAUUCAUUGUUCGAUUGGGUGGGUUUUGGCAUCGAGGUUUCGCUAAUCUUUAUUGCUGUAGUGGGGGGGAAAAUAGGAGGAGAUUCGAUUAUCGCGGUAUAAUUGUGGAGGAUAAAUUGCCGGUUUUUUCAGGUUAGAUAUACUGAAUUGUUGGAAUCUUGGAUUUGAUGCUUCGAUGUGAAAUUAGGGUUUUGGCCCAAGAAUUGCAAAGGCGAAUUCGCCGUUGCGGAUGGUCCUAAGAUGAUAAUUAAGCGGACUAUGAAAAUUGAAAUGCCGAACCUGAAACGGUGUAAGCUAGAGGAGCAGGAUGCCGAGGACUAUGGAUGUGCAUCGGUUCCGAAGAAGCGGAAACGGUUCGGGGUCGUGGUGCAGCGAAGGAUCGUGUUGGCUAGUGAGGUUCUAUCGAAUUCAAAUUCUGCGCUAUUGAAUGGUAAGACAGCAAUGGAGCAAGGCUCUGAAAGGAUUCGGCCUCCACUAUUGCGAUCGUCUCGUGGUCGAUCUCAAAUGCUUCCAUCGAGGUUCAAUGAUUCUGUCCUCGGAACAUGGAAGAAUCGGGGAAUCAAGUGGAGGGACGCAGACUCCAGCUUUGAAGAUGAUACUAUUUUAGUUAAGAUAAGGCGGGGUUUAGUGGAUUGGGAUUUUGCUACUAGAACGUCAAUUAAUGGAAAUCGUUCAUCAGCAGUUAAAACUGAGAGUUAUACGUCUGGUCUAAGUUUUGAGGGUGUGGCAAAGCUUGAUCGAAAUGCUGCAAAAAGGAAGGAUAUCUACAAACCGGAGGAUUUUGCUUUGGGUGAUAUAGUUUGGGCAAAGUGUGGAAAGAGGUAUCCAGCUUGGCCUGCUGUAGUGAUUGAUCCUAUCCUGCAAGCUCCGAAGUCCGUUCUGAGUUGUUGUGUUCCUGGUGCAAUUUGCGUGAUGUUUUUUGGGUAUUCAAAAAAUGGAAAGCAAAGGGACUAUGCAUGGGUGAAGCAGGGAAUGAUAUUCCCUUUCAUGGAGUUCAUGGACAGAUUCCAGGGGCAGACUCGGCUGACAAGAGCAAACCAAGUGACUUUCAGAUGGUGGAAGAUUUUAGAUGAAAUGAGACCUUGUGCUGGCUGUGGUCUGACUUUGCCCUGCAAAACUAUGAAGAAGAUUAAGGAUUCAUAUUCUUCAGCUCAUCUAUAUUGCAAACUUUGUGCCAAGUUACGGAAAUCAAAACAAUACUGUGGCAUUUGCAAAAAGAUUUGGCACCAUUCAGAUGGUGGGAAUUGGGUGUGUUGUGACGGUUGUAAUGUUUGGAUUCACGCUGAAUGUGCUAAAUAUCCAGUAAACUUUUUAAGGAUCGAACAUACAGAUUACUAUUGUCCAGAUUGCAAAGCAAAUUUCAACUGUAAAUUUUCAGCAUCACAAAUAUGCAAGCCAAAAAUCAAAUCAACAGAAAAUAGCCAAAAGCCUGUUGUACCUGACAAGGUAACGGUGGUGUGCAAUGGCAUGGAAGGGUAUUACAUUCCAAAGCUUCAUCUAGUCAUGUGCAAGUGUGGCUCAUGUGGGGUGCGAAAGCAGACACUGAGUGAAUGGGAACGGCAUACAGGUUGCAGGGCUAAAAAAUAAUAUAGUGUGAGAGUAAAGAGUACAAUGCUUCCUCUGGAAAAAUGGAUCGCAGAAAAUAAUACACAAGGUGGAGUUUCUAUGCAGUUAGAUCAACAGCAGGUACUUGCCUUUCUGCAAGAGAAGUAUGAACCAGUAUAUCCAAAGUGGACUACAGAAAGAUGUGCGGUUUGUAGAUGGGUUGAAGAUUGGGAUGAUAAUAAAAUUAUCAUCUGCAACAGGUGCCAAAUAGCAGUCCACCAAGAAUGCUAUGGAGCAAAGAAUGUUAAGGAUUUUACUUCUUGGGUCUGUAGAGUUUGCGAAACCCCUGAUGUUGAGAGAGAAUGUUGCCUUUGUCCUGUUAAAGGUGGAGCUCUAAAGCCAACUGAUGUUGAGAUGCUGUGGGUUCAUGUCACAUGUGCUUGGUUCCGGCCUGAAGUUGGAUUCUCAAACCAUGAGAUAAUGGAACCUGCCUUUGGAAUCCUUAAAAUUCCUCCAAGUUCCUUUUUGAAGACUUGUGUUAUCUGUAAACAAAGCCAUGGAUCCUGUGCAAGUUGUUGCAAGUGUGCUACUUAUUUUCAUGUGAUGUGUGCAUCUAGGGCUGGAUACAGCAUGGAAUUGCAUUCUAUGGAGAAGAAUGGAGUUCAGAUAACGAAGAAGUUAAUAUAUUGUGCAUGUCACAGGCUUCCGAACCCAGAUUCUGUGAUGGUUAUACAUACUCUUGGGGUCUUCUCUCCCAGGACUUCCCUGCAAAAUCAUAAGGGAUGCUUCAGGGGAUCAAGGCUGGUAUCAUCAAAAAACAUAGAACUUCUUGAAUCUUCAGCCCCUGAGACUAAUGAAUUUGAACCACUGUCUGCUGCAAGAUGUCGUGUUUAUAGAAGAUCUUCCAAGAGCGCUGAUGAGCCAAUAAUACAUUUAGUGGGGGGACCAAGUCGUCAUUUGUUAAGUUCUAUAAUUCAAUUGAACAGCUAUAAGGACUCAGAAGAUUCUAAAGUAUUUACUUCGUUCAAGGAACGUCUUCACCAUUUGCAGAGAACUGAAAAUCAUCGAGUUUGCUUUGGAAAAUCGGGUAUACAUGGAUGGGGCCUCUUUGCUCGAAGAGAUAUACAAGAAGGAGAGAUGGUUGCUGAGUACCGUGGUGAGCAGGUAAGACGAAGUGUUGCUGAUAUGAGGGAGGCUAUGUAUCGUUCAGAAGGCAAAGACUGUUAUCUGUUCAAGAUCAGUGAAGAGGUGGUCAUCGAUGCUACACAUAGGGGAAAUAUAGCCCGGCUGAUAAACCACUCUUGCAUGCCUAACUGCUAUGCGAGGAUUAUGAGCAUGGGUGCUGAGGAGAGCCGGAUUGUUCUUAUUGCCAAGACCCAUGUUUCUGCUGGGGAAGAACUAACGUAUGAUUACUUGUUUGAUCCAGAUGAGCGGGAUGAACUGAAAGUUCCUUGCCUUUGUAAAGCUCCCAAUUGUAGGAAAUUUAUGAACUAGGUUUCACAAUUUUUUAAUAUAUUGCAACUUAACCUGGCUAACCAUAGGGAAAAAAAUUGUUUAGUGUCGCAUAUUUUUUUAUUUUUUUCUCCAACUUCGUAUAUUUGUAUAUCAUUUGGUUACGAAUAAAAGAAACACCCCCAGCCAAGAGCUGGUGGCAAUUUUGUAUAUUGCAUCAUAGUUCUUGACGUGGUUAUGUUUAUGCUCUGCCAUUUUUUC